CCUGUGUUUCUGUAUGAUGCUUUCAGAAGUGGAACUCCAUCCCCGAAACGGACAUCAGUGACCCGUUCUCCAGCCCCCAGAGGAGCUAGAGAUCGCUUCACCGGAGAGUCCUACACAGUUCUGGGUGACACCAGUAUGGAGUCUGGUCAGCAUUACUGGGAAGUGAGGCCUCAGAAAGACUGCAAGUCCUACAGCGUUGGUUUGGCCUACAGAAACCUGGGCAAGUUUGACCAGCUGGGCAAAACCUGCACCUCCUGGUGUAUCCACGUCAACAACUGGCUGCAAAACUCAUUCGCUGCAAAACACAACAAUAAGGCCAAGAAUCUGGACGUGCCAGUGCCGGACAGCAUAGGAAUCUACUGCGACUUUGAUCGGGGCCAACUUGCUUUCUAUAAUGCUGAAAACAAACAAUUACUGCAUAUGUUCAAGAUGAAGUUCACACAACCUGUUGUGCCAGCUUUCAUGGUGUGGUGUGGUGGUCUGAUCUUGUCAACAGGUCUGCAGGUGCCCAGUGCGGUCAGAAGCUUCCAGAAGACGGAGAACGGUCUGGGAGGAUCCAACAGCAGUUUAUCCCAGCAGGAUCCGACCGUGGCCUGCGACACCAUCUGCUUUUACGAAAAACUGCCUUCAGUGGACGGCGGCUCGCUCCUGCCGUGAGCGGACGUACAAAACACACACGAUAAAAAAAACAAUCAGGAAAACACACUUCUGAUGCAAGAGGCCUGUGGACGUCCAGCGGCUGAAUCUGGACCAGCGACUCCCUUCAGACAUUGGCUGAAUUCGGGAAGACGAGCGGCUUUAUCAGGGAAUAGUUGAGUGCACUUUUACUAAUUUUAGUUUGAACGAUGACUUGCUUUAAUCCAGUUGUCUUACACUAGUUGAUUCUUAUACUAUUUUAGGGUAUCACUUUAUUCUGAUGGUGCCUUUUAAAGGGGUAGUUCACUCUAAAAUGAAAAUGCUGUCAUAGUUUAGUUGUUUUAUGAGUUGUUUUAUUCGGUUGAACAGAAAUUAAGAUACUUUGAAGAAAGAUGAAAACCUGUAACCAUUGACUUCCAUUGUAUUUGUUUUUCCUACUAAGGAAGUUGGUGGAUGGUUACCAGUUUUCAGCUUUCUUCAAAAUAUAAUAGUGGUUCCAGUUUCUUUUUUCUGUUAAACAAUAAAGAUGAUAUUUUGAAGUGAUCUGGAAACCUGUAACCAUUGACUUCCAUAGUAUUUAUUGUAUUUGUUUUUACCAUGGAAGUGAAUGGUUACAGGUUUUCAGCUUUCUUCAAAACAUAAAGUGGUUGCUCAGAUAAAGUGGUUCCAAACCUUUAUGAGUUUCUUUCUUUUGUUAAACAAUAGAGAAUAUAUAUUUAAGAACGCUGAAAAGCUGUAACCAUUGACUUUCUAAGUAUUCGUUUUUCUUACUAUGGAAGUCAAUGGUUACCUGUUUUUAGCUUUCUUCAAGAUAUAAAGUGGUUCCAGUUUCUUUCUUCUGUUAAACAAUGCAGACAAUAUUUUUAGGUAAUCUGGAAACCUGUAACUAUUGACUUUCAUAGUAUUUUUUUUUACCAUGGAAGUGAAUGGUUACAGCAGGCAUGUCAAACUCAAUUCCUGGAGGGCCGCAGCCCUGCACAGUUUAGUUCCAGCCCUGCUUCAACACACUUACCUCUAGGUUUCAAACAAGACUAGAAGACUUAAUUAGUUUGAUCAGCUGUGUUUAAUUAGGGUUGGAACUAAACUGCGCAGGGCUGCGGCCCUCCAGGAAUUGAGUUUGACAUCCCUGGGUUACAGGUUUUCAGCUUUCUUCAAAAUAUAAAGUGGCUGCUCAGAUAAAGUGGUUCCAAACAUUUAUGAGUUUCUUUCUUUUGUUAAACAAUAGAGAAUAUAUAUUUAAGAACGCUGAAAAGCUGUAACCAUUGACUUUCAUUGCAUUUGUUUUUCCUACUAUGGAAGUCAAUGGUUACCGGUUUUCGUCUUUCUUAAAAAUAAAGUGGUUCCAAACCUUUAUAUUUUGUUUUCUUUUGUUUAACAAUAAAUUCAAUAUUUUGAAGUAAUUUGGAAACCUGUAACCAUUGACUUUCUAUAGCAUUUUUUUGUUUGUUUUUUUUUUUUACCAUGGAAGUCAAUGGUUACCGGUUUUCAGUGUUCUUCAAAAUAUAAAGUGGUUGCUCAGAAAAAGUGGUUCCCAACCUUUGAGUGUCUUUUUUUUGUUAAACAAUAGAGAUCAUAUUUUUAACAAGCUGUAAACUGGUAACUAUUGACUUCCAUAGUAUUCAUUUUUCCUAUUAUGGAAGUCAAUGGUUACCGGUUUUCAGCUUUCUUCAAGAUAUAAAGUGGUUCCAGUUUCUUUCUUCUUUUAAACAAUAAAGAGGAUAUUUUAAAGUAAUCUGGACACCUGUAACCAUUGACUUUCUAUAGUAUUUGUUGUUGUUUUUUUUUACCAUGGAAGUCAAUGGUUACCAGUUUUCAGUGGUCUUUAAAAUUUAAAGUGGUUGCUUAGAUAAUGUUGUUCUAAACCUUUAUGAGUUUUUUCUUUUGUUAAACAAUAAAGAGGAUAUUUUGAAGAAUGCUGCAAAGCUGUAAUUAUUGACUUCUAUAGUAUUCGUUUUUCCUACUAUGAAAGUCAACGGUUACCGAUUUUCAGCGUUCUUCAAAAUAUAAAGUGGUUGCUGAGAUAAAGUGAUAACAAAACUUUUUUGAGUUUCUUUCCUCAGUUAAACAAUAAAGACAAUAUUUUAAGGAAUAUGGAAACGUGUAACCAUUGACUUCCAUUGUAUUUGUUUUUCUUACUAUGGAAGUCAAUGGUUACCGGUUUUUAGUGUUCUUCAAAAUAUAAAGGGGUUGCUGAGAUAAAGUGAUACCAAACCUUUAGGAAUUUCUUUCUUCUGUUAAACAAUAAAGAGGAUAUUUUGAAGGAACCUGGAAACCUGUAACCAUUGACUUCCAUAGUAUUAAUUUUUCCUACUAUAAGAGUCAAUGGUUACCGGUUUUAUGCUUUCUUCAAAAUAUCAUCCUUGUUGUUUAAAAGAAGCUCAUAAAGGUUAGGAACCACUUGAGGGUUAGUUAAUAGUCAGUAAAUUUUCAUUUUUGCGUGAACUAUCCCUUUAACACGUUUUGUUAAUUACUAAUUACAUUGCAACUACAUGCUAACUAAUUCUCAUUAGAUUAUUAUGGUUAGUCUUAGUGUGAUUUUACAUGUACUCGCUAAGCUUCUUAUAAUCAGUUGAAUGUGCAUUGGUGGAGUAGUGUCAGCACAUAAUAAGCAGACAGUUUAUUAACACUGUAAUAAUUAGUUUGCAUGUAGUUGCAAUGUAACGCAUAAUCAACUAAAUGUGCAAAAGACACCAUCAUAAAAUAAAGCGAUGCCUAUGUUAACAUGUAGCGUGAGUGUUUAAUGUCCUUUCUAUGGUGUUCAUUAUUAUUCUUUUGUACAUUAAAAGUCCUCAGUAGAUCCUCCUUUAGUUGUUGAAUUUGACUCUGGAAACUUUGCACACCUUUAAAAAUGGAUAACCGCUGCUUUAAAUGUUGUCUCAUGGUCAUAUACUGUUAUCAUAUCUGGAUUUAAUCAUUUUGGAUGUGGACUGUACAUUUUUGUUUGGAUUUUUAAAAGUCGUUUAGGUCUCAUUUUUUUAAUUAAUAAAAACAUUUUGUCGGACAUACUGUAUGCCUGGAAAACCAAUAAUCCAACCUGUGUGUGUUUGUAUGUAACACUCCUUCAUGAGCUUAACCACAAACAUUAAAGCUCGCCAAAGACUUCUCUGUGGCUCGGCGGUGACUUUCUGUCUUUCGCCUUCUGCUUCUGUAAUACAGAAAUAAUAAAGCAAUAAUGAGAGCAAUAAA